UUGUCUCCGUCGAACAGCAGCGAGAGCCGCGACAGAGAAACGAGCGUUCCUCCCGGUGCUGCGAGCGAGCUGCCCGGGGCGGAGGCCUGUGUUGUCCCGGGGCGGAGGAGCGGAGCCGCCGCUGCAGGAGUCCCGGAGCCCGGUGUCCGGAGCCCGGAGUCCCGGUGUGUCCCGGGGCCCAGCGGGAAGAUGGAGGCCAGCGCGGCCCGGGCGGACGCCUGCCGGGAGUACCAGAGCUCCCUGGAGGACCUGACGUUCAACAGCAAGCCGCACAUCAACAUGCUGACCAUCCUGGCCGAGGAGAACCGGACCUUCGCCAAGGACAUCGUCGCUAUAAUCGAAGCUCAAAUCAGCAAGGCCCCGGCUGCGGAGAAGCUUCCCGUUUUGUACUUAGUGGAUUCCAUAGUGAAGAAUGUUGGAGGAGAGUACCUUGCUGUGUUUGCUAAAAACCUAAUCACUUCAUUUAUAUGUGUCUUUGAAAAGGUGGAGGAAAACACCAGGAAGAGUCUGUUCAAGCUGCGCUCCACCUGGGACGAGGUGUUCCCGCUGAAGAAGCUGUACGCGGUGGACGUGCGGGUCAACGCGGUGGACCCGGCGUGGCCCAUCAAGCCGCUGCCGCCCAGCGUCAACGCCAGCAUCCACGUCAACCCCAAGUUCCUAAAGCAGUCUGAGGAGGCCUCCUCUCCGCAGCCGGCCCCCUCCCAGCCCCCCGCCCCGGUGCCAGCGGCGGUGGUGGCGCCUGCCCCCCCGCCGGUCCCAGCGGUCAGCCAGUCCAGCGUGGCCCAGGAGCAGCUCAUCCGACAGCAGCUGCUGGCCAAACAGAAACAGCUUCUGGAGCUUCAGCAGAAGAAGAUCGAGCUGGAGCUGGAGCAGACCAAAGCUCAGCUGCUCGGAGGAUUCACGCUACCCACGGCGCCCACAGCCUCCUCUCCAGCUCCCAAGACCCUCAGCCCGAACGCCCCAGUGGUCCGACCCUGGGUCCCUCCCCAGACCCAGUCUGACCCCAAGACGACCACCAGAGACCCUCGGCUGAACCGCACCGGCCCCCCGGCCAAAGAACAGCCUGCUGGGAAAAAAGGAAGUCCCGCCCUGACGCCUGAGAAACGGCAGCCGGAGAAAUCCUUCCGACCGGAAAAGACCAGAACCCCGAGGAAAGAGCCGUCGGAGGAGAAGCUCAAGUCCAAGUCUCUGUCUCCGAUGACCAGGACCCUCCAGAGCAAAACCAAGCCGGCCGAGGCUGAAGGUCAGAAAGCAUCCGACGGCUCCAAAAAAGAUCCUCGGCUGAAGAAACGCACACAGGACCGGAGUGGAGAGAGCAAAGAGGAGGAGCUGAAGGAGAAGAAGAGGUGCAACGACAAGAAGGAGAGAGAGGAGGCGGUCCUGGGGGCGGAGCUGCAGAGGUUCAGCAAAGGGAAGCCGGCCAACGGGUUCGUCAUCAAACACGAGCGCGAGGACGCAGAGAAGGUCGACCUCAAAAGUGGAGGCAACGCCAGAACGCACGCCAGGAAGCGGACCCGCUCCAGGUCUCGCUCGCCCACUUCCUCUCCCAAGAGGAAGGACCGGCGCUCGCCCAAAGGCCGAGCCAGGAGCAGCUCGCUGUCCCCCCCCUCCCACAAGCCAGGGAAACCCCGGAGGGUCCGUGCAGAGGAGCCGCCGCACGGCAAGCCCCCCAGAGAGGACCGGGUCACACUGAAGAAGAGCCAAUCAGAGAGCAGGAGGUCCAAGAGGCCGCAGGACGAACGCCACUCGGAGUCCCGAGACUCUCACUCGCCCCGGAGUCACGAGGGGAGCGGGAAGGAGACCAAGGAGGCGCCGCACCGCUGGAGGAGCAGCUGGCAGGAGAACAAGCAUUUGAAGUUGCCAGACGACUCUCCCAUGAAGCCCGGACCCCAGAGACACAAACCCUACACCCCCCCGACUCGCCCCCCCACCCCCCGGACCCCCAAGCACCGCCUCAGCGUGGACGCCAACCUGCAGAUUCCUGAAGCCCUCAACUCCGCCUCCAAGAAGGACCUGCUGAGGAGGGCCGGGAAGCGUCUGGAGAGCGGCGAGAUCUCCCAAGAGGAGUUCCUCAACGUGGCGCACCAGAUCAAACACUUCUUCCAGUAUCAGGAGGAGAAGCUGCAGCGCUCGGAGAGCUGGGACGGAUCAGGAACCUUCGCCAAGAAGCAGCCGCUGCUGGCGGCGCCCGCCUCCCAGCCCCGCCCCCACGACGCCAUGGACGCCGCAGAGCUGUCGUACUACGAGCACAAGUCCAAGCUCCGGAAGACGCAGGUCACCCACCGAGUGGCCGGGGAGGAGUGGGAGGGCGAGGAGAACGUGGAGGAUGUGGACGCAACAGGCCCGGGCGAGAAGACAGGUGGGGGGCGGAGCAUCGGAGGAAGCCCGGCGCCACAUAAAUACAGCCGAGCGCCACGAGACAGACCAGGUGAGAGGCGGAGUAAAGAGCGAGAGGAGGCGCGGCCGCCGCUCGGCCCGAUGAUCGAAGAGUACAACCACGGGAAAGAGUUCCCCACGCUCAAGUCGCUGCCGGGCCUUCGCUUCCGCAGGCGAGCCGACCCCCGAGACGCCAGUGAGAGAGAGUGGAACUCGCCGCUGAGCGAGCGACAGCGCGAGGAACAGAAGAGCGGCUACGACGCUCCGCGGAGGUACACGCCCUCUGCGGACUGCAGACACCCGGACCCCCGGAGGCCGGAGGGGCCCCUCCCCUCCGGCACGGUGGUGCACAGGAAGUGUCCCAGUCCGACGGGUCCGGACCCCCCCGGCCCGCGGUUCGAGCGCGAGCGCCUGUCCCCGCCGCACCUGAAGGAGGAGCUGAGCCCGCGCUUCGAGAGUCCCAACAGUGAACACUCUGACGACGGGCCCCUCCCACCUGACGCCCCCCCCACACAGCCCCCCCCCAGCCUCAAGGCCCCAGCGCGGGUCGGACCGCUGGCGUCUGUCCGACAGCAGAGCAGCUCGCCGGGACACACCCCCCCCCACGAAGCAGGGCAUCCGCAGUCCCGCUACAACGGCCCAGAACACGUAGCCCCCCCCAGACCCCACCCCCCUGGCUGGUACGAUGACUCCUCCCAGUUCGAAGGGCCCCUUCCCCAGGGGGGGGGCAGGUUCGAUGGCGGACGACCACAUCACAACGUCCCGGAGAGGUUCGACGGCCCGGACGGCGCCCACGGUCCGAUGAGGGGCGGAGCCGGGAUGGGGCGGUUCGAUGUGCACCCCCACCCUCCAGGCCCCGGGAGGUUCGAUGGUCCCGUGGGCCCCCCCGCGCGCUUCGUGGGUCCGGGGCCGGGACACUUCGAAGGACCCAUGCAGCACUUUGAGCCCCCCCGACACUUCGACAGCAGCAUGGCUCCUGGACCAAUGAGCUUCCAGCAGCAGCGGCCCAUGUGCUUCGAGGGCCCCCCCGCCCCAAUGGGCCCCAUGAGGUUCGAGGGCCCGGGUCACGGGUACGACAUGCCCAACGUCCCCCACCAGGGGGGGCACACGCACUUUGAGGGCCCGCCCGGGCAGCAGGGGCCCCCCAGGUUCCCCCCCCAACACAACAUGCAACCUCCCAUGAGGCAGAUGGCUCCGCCCAUUUACGACAACCAGAUGACCCCCCAGCAGAACUUCAACAUGGGCCCCCAGUGUUUCCCGGCGGGCCCGAUGGCGUUCCCGGCGCAGACGGUGAACUUCAACAUGCAGCCGCCAUUUCCCCAGCCAGGCCCCGCCCCCUUCUACAACCCGUCCAACCAGCAGCCGGUGAACAUGAAUCAAGCGUUCCUGCCUCAGAGCUCCGCCCCCUUCAGACCUCACACGCCGCAGGUCAUCCCUCCAGAGAACCACUUCGGUCAGGUGGACGUCAACGAGCUUCUGACCAAGCUGCUCUCCACCGGCAUCAUCAAGCCCUCGCAGCCCGAGGCCACGCCCACCACCAGCACCGAACCUUCGAGCGUUGUGGCGCCGGCGGCUCCGCCCCCAGAGGAGGAGGAAGAGGAGGAGCCUGAGGAAGAGGAGGACAUCCCGGACCUGACCAGCUUCACCGUGGAGGACAUGAAACCGCGGUACGAGUGUGUGGUGAUGAGGCUGUACUCAGGGAACCAGUGCUGCCUCUGCUCCAUGAGGUUCACCAGCGUCCAGACCGACCUGUACGCCGACCACCUGGACUGGCACUUCAGACAGAACCACGCCGGCAAGGUGGCGAGCAAGAAGAUCACACACCGCCGCUGGUACUACAACCUCAAGGACUGGAUCGAGUUCGAGGAGAUCGCCGACCUGGAGGAACGAGCGAAGAGUCACUUCUUUGAGAAAGAGAACGAGGAGGAAGUUCAGAAGAACCAGGCAGCGGCGAAAGAGAGAGAGAUCCAAAUCGUCAGGGCGACCAAGGACCAAGUGGGAGAGUCGUGUGAGAUCUGUCAGGAGCCGUUUGAGACGUACUGGGUGGAGGAGGAGGAGGACUGGUUCCUGAAGGACGCCGUCCGAGUCGACGACAAGAAUUUUCAUCCGGCAUGUUUUGAAGAUUAUAAAAAUACGUCGUCGUAUCUGGACGUCACGCCGUCGCCCAGCAAGCUGCUCGCCGACCACCCGCUCGGCGCCUUCCUGGAGCCCAAGGAGGAGGAGGAGCCUUCCUGCUCCAUCGCUGCGGCCUCGGUCAAACAGGAAGUGGAACCCGAGGCCGUGGAGCUACUCACCGUCAAACAAGAGGAGGCGGAGCUUUUAAUAGACCAAGUGCCAUCAGAAGAGAAUAUUGUGUAACCACGCCUCCUCUGCUGCCGCCGCCGCCGCUCUCGGCCUCCGUCACUUUGUCCAUUUUUGGAGCAGGUGUUUUUAGCGAGCGGAGGCGGAGUCGUCAGCAACGUUCUCGUCAACACAUUUUUGUAUUCGGAUCCAACUCGACCCUUUCAGGUCGUGUGUUUGUGAACGCCACGUCUGUGUUUGUUUGACUCGACGCUGUAAAUGAUUUAAUUUAUAAUUAAAGUAUUUUUUGAAUCUCUGGUGUUAAAGUGAUUGAUCAGCUGCUGCUGUUGGAGUCUGAUGGUUAUUGAUUGAUGGGUUUAUCGAUCUGUUUAUUGGUUGAUGAGUAGUUUCAGGUGUUGAGUUGUUUCCCGCUGCAUUAAAGGUAAGCAUGGUCUGAUUGGACGACUGGAGACUCCGCCCACUCUUCAGGAUUGGUUCCCGUCAAGGAUCAGAGUCGUCGUCUUUAGUUUUUUUAUGAUUUUCAAUAAACGAGCCUGAAACGUGUUUGUUCUUGUGUGAUUCUGAUUUAAUUAAGUUUUAUUGUCGUUCAGUUCAAAAAUAAAGUUCCAUUGAAUUUAAA